GAGUGAGUGACGCGGGUGGGGUGAGGACGCGCAGAUGACACGGGAUAUUCGCGGUGAAGGGGGUCACGCCGGGCGGGCGGGGGACCGAGCGAGGAAAGUUCGGACGAAGAAGAAAAGCUGUCGCGAUCGAGGAAGCAGAACAGAACCGUACGAACCUCCACCGCGGCCGCAUCGUCGCGUAUCCUCUCCCCUCGCACGCGCGCACGAAAAUACACCCGGCGAGCCCGACUUUCCGGCCGAGCGAGGAGAAGAAGAAGAAGAAGAAGAAGAAGAAGAAGAGGAGCAACAGCCAGCGGUCGAAUCGCGCGGCGGCUCACUCGACGACGACCCUCGUAGACGAACGACGGACUAGCACCGGCUAGAACCUCCAGCAACCCCCAGCUUCAACCAUGGUUUACGAGAGCGACUUCUACACGACCCGGCGACCCUACUCCCGGCCGCUCGUCUCCUCCUACACCGUCACGUAUCGACCCAUCAUCCUGCCGCUCUCCAGCGUCAUCCAGUUGAGGAGCUAUCAUCCUCACAUGCCAUACGUGGCGCACAAGCGGCUCGUCACCAUAGUUCACUCGCCGGUGCACCAUGUGUACUACGCCGGUGCGAUGGUACCGAUAAGGGUGCGGGCGCGCGUGCGGCCCAGCGUCCUCGUAGCCGAGCUCAACAGGAUACGCGACCUGCCGAGGCCGUCCAGCCGAUCGUACCUGGAAGAGUACCUAAACUCCCGUGAUCACAUAUUGUUCGACGAUGAAACGAGGGAGUUGCGCGCGAGGAUGGAUUCCCUUCUUCGCCGCGUCCACGUGUUCGUGCCGAGGGCAGUGGCAAGCGACUUCCUCGAGGAGAUCGUGCCGGAGCGUAUGCGCAGCCACGACUACGUCCGCCGGCUGCUGAGCGGCCGCAACAUCGCGAAGAAGCAAGUCGAGCACCUUGGCUGGUACGACGUGCCCGAGAGGGGCACCCUCGGCACCUUGGCGUGCGUCAAGUUCGUCGCCGGCAAGCCGCAAUCCGUGAGGAAGCCGUACUUCAAGGUCGCGGACCUCCGGCCGGCCGACAUCCGCAACGACGUCAACUUCCUCAGCUACUACAGCAAGAAUCGUCAGGCGGCCGCGUCUGCCUGCCCCGGCCAACCCUUGACGGAGCGAGAGCUGCGAAAGGCACGCGCGUUCGAAAGCGACGAAUACACGCCUCAGCAAGAGAAGACAAGUAAGUCCCCGAAACACGCUGAAUCGCGACCAAAGCAAACCCAACCCCCCCCCCCCCUCGGUCAGUCAUCUGUCGUUCACGUUCACCCUGUACACCCCGUAGUUAACAAAGCGGAAGCGGAAAAGAGAUCGAGGAAGAGGGCGGAAGCGGAGAAGGAAUCGGAGCCCAUACUCGAGUCGCAGGCGGAAGCGGAGCCGGAACCGGCGAAAGAGCCCGAGCCGAUAGCGGAAGCAGCGAAGGAACCAGAACCGAUCGCCGAGCCGCAGGCGGAAGCGGCCGCGCCAGUGAAGCCAUCGAAAGCUUCGCUGAAAGCUUCGAAAUCCGCAAAGCACGCGAAAGCCGCGAAAGCGGCCGAGCCGAAAGCGGAAGCCGCGCCGGAAGUAGAAGCCGCGAAAGCGCCGGAGCCUGCGAAAGAACCGGAAGAGCCCGCGAAGGAAGCAGAGCCUGUUCCGCCAGAACCGGCGGCGGCGGAAGUGUCGGCGGAAGAACCGAUCGCGGAGAGCGAAGGCGCGCAGGCUGUAAGUGACGAGGCUAAAGAGGACGAGGACGAAAACGUGAGGCGAGAGAAGGAGGACGCCAUAAGGAGGGCUGAGGAGUACCUGCGUAAAGUGGCUCAGGAAGCGCAGUCGGAAGAGGAGAGGCGGAAGGUCGCGGAGGCGGAACGCGUGGAGCUCGAGAUGGAGGAGAAGAAGGCGUGGGAGGCGCUGCAGCUUGCGCAGGAACGGAAAGCGGAGCUGAACGAGAUACUUGAGAACGAGCGGAAGGAGGUUGAGAGGAAGGAGGAAGAAGCGAAGCUGGAGGCAGAACGCGAGGAAGCGGAGAGGGUGGUCGAGGAGGAAAGGAUAAUCAACCAGACGAGGAUGGAGACGCUGAUACACGAGCAGGAGCGGCUGAUAGUCGAGGAGCACCUAGAGGAGGUCCAGCAGCAGAAGCAGGAGCAGGAGGAGAGAAUGGCGGACGUCGCGCAGCCGGCGGAGGAGGAGCCGAAGGACGUGAGCUGCGCGGAGGAUCCGGCGACCAUUGAGAUGACCGAUCAGGAGCGGGAGGAGAAGCCAUACGAAGCUACGACGGACGACGAGACGCGGGUCGAGGAGGAGAACGUCCCGGAGGAGGAGCACCCGGAGGUGACGGAGACUCCGUUCGUGGAAGAGCCGGAAGGGGCCGAGGGCAGGCCGCAGACGGGGCCGAUGGCGAGCGAGGACGCGCCGCAGAUCGAGGAGGUCACCUCCGGCGGCGAGGAGGAGUUCGAAUGGGGCGAUCAGGACGUGUAGUCGUCGCCGAGUCGUCGUCGAUUCCUCUUCCACGAGUCCGCUUCCACCUCGGCCCUGUUCUUUUCAGCCGAACUGGCCGAACGGGCACUUAUCGCCCGCCGCGAAAACUUGGAGCGAAGCAGCACGGGGGAGAAAGACUCGGUCGGACGAGCGAAUUUCUGGGAGAUUCGAAGACGAGCCGGAGAUUCCGACUCGAGCUACCGGAAGCGUCCCAGCGUCCAAGUCGAUCGCAGGAUCUCACGGCGACUUGAGUCGCGAGUGAAGCUGGUAACUCGAGCCGGAAGCUCCGAAGUCGCUCGCAUCUCGCCGGAAAAUCCCCUCAUUCGAGCGAACUCUCUUCUCCGUGAGGUGACACACGCGACCUGGCGGCCUCCGGGGGAGGAGGAACGAGCUUCGCCUCGGCUAAGAAGAACAGGCCUCUCGUCAUCCUGUGUCCGCGGGAGAUCGCCAUCCGAGUCGUGAUCCUUGCGGCCUCGGGCGAGCCGACCGUCGAGAGACUCGUCCUUGCUGUCGCUCUCGUGUCUCUCGUCCCUCUUGCGCGUAUUUAUUUCAUUGUCGAUCAGGAAGUCGUCCUGUUGCACGUGUCACGUUGCGUUGCGUUGCGUUGCCUCUGCGGCCCGUUGUGUGAGAGAGAGAGAGAGAGAGAGAGAGAGAGAGAGAGAGAGAGGGCGGUGGAGCCGGUGGAUCGAGUCGAGGUAUCGAUUUUCGAUGGUCUACCGGCGCUGAUUCGUUUAUAGUCCCGAAUAGUAAUCGGGUAGAAAUAUCGCGACGAAUUUGAGCCGCUCAUCCGGAGCCGGUGCAACGGAGAGACGGCUUCGUCGUUUAUUUUUACGGCAACAGCUUCGAGCUCGAGCCAUGGAAUUGGUUUGACUACGACGGUGCGCACAAUCGAUCGGAAGGACGACGAUUCCGGAAAUAGUCGCGAGAGCACGUAUGAGACAGGAUUAGCGGCGGUCUCGCGACGGCGACGCCCGAGUCGAAUACGAGUCGGCGAAUUGCGGCAGCUCAUUCGCUCCUCCAUUAUUUAGUAUUAUUCCUCGCGAGAGAGAGAGAGAGAGAGAGAGAGAGAGAGAGAGAGAGUGCUAUUUAUUUCGUAAAAAGAAAAGAAAAGUGUGCUAAUUGAGCGAGCGAGCCCGGAGCGUCGCCGCGGCUGCUUCACUGACGAUGGACUGAUCUUUCACGCACGGAGAACAAGAGAGAGCACCAAGCGAGCGCAGAAUCUGUUAAUUGGAAAUUUGACGAAAAUACACAUCAGGUACACAUAUUUUCAAUUAA